UUUGCUCCGGGUUCCGGGUCCCCAGCUCCUGGAGAGCUGAGGCUGCAGCAGGUAGGCGCCGGGUGCCGGGCGUCCGGCUGACGGCUCGAGCUCGAACCUGGCCCCGUAGCUGAGCCUCGCGCUGAGUUCCCGCCGCUGAGCCAAGCGCGGGGCCCGCUGAGGCGCGGAGCCCGAGCGGGGCGCCCUUGGAGGACCGGGCCGCAGGGCCUGCGGAGCCGCGGAGCCUCGGAGCCGGCGGCCACCGCGCUUCCUUCAGUGUUACCGCCAACUCGCAAGCUCCGGGUUGCGCUGCUGCCUCCCCUGUUUCUACCCUUCAGCUUCCAGCGAGAUGCUCGCGGUCGGUUUAAGACAGGAGGCGGGAGAGUUGGUGCAAGCCAUCUCUAUGACGGCGUGAACUUUUCCUAGGAUUUCUGUCAGCCCAGUAGAUCAUAUUGCUCAUUUCCUCUGAAACUGAAAUAAAAGCGGUAUUUUCCCCCAGUUUCCUUUUAGGACGUUAUGGUUUUUCUCCCAUACAAGGCAGUUCCAGGAAAUUGCCGGAAAGACUGCGGGACUGGACUGUCCUGUGGAGUUUGAGGGUGAAGGCUAGGAAAUGAGAAGACCCUGUGUGCACCCCGUCCUCUCUAACUGGGCGCUCUCGGCAUCCUCAGAGGAGCUUCGUUUCUAGCAUUCGGAAAGGCUUCUCCAGACUCAUGACCCCGGACGUUUGAGCUGUUUACCAGGGCAGAGAAGCCUCUCGAGCUCCAAAAUGGCGGCCAAAAUGGAGAUAACUUUGAGCGUGGAGUCCCACACUCUGACUUCUCCCAGACAAGAGAGACACAUAAUAACAAAGCUAGAAGAGGUGCAGAGACCCACGAUGCCAAAAACCUGCCCGGAUCCUGAGCUCUCCCGCCAGCGCUUUAGACGGUUUUGUUAUCAGGAGGUAUCUGGACCCGAGGAGGCGCUCAGCCGCCUGCGACAGCUCUGCCACCAGUGGCUGCAGCCCGAGCAGCACACCAAGGAGCAGAUCCUGGAGCUGCUGGUGCUGGAGCAGUUUCUCACCAUCCUGCCCGCGGAGAUCCAGGCUCAGGCGAGGAAACGACGUCCGACAAGCAGCAAGGAGAUCGUGGCCCUGGUGGAAGAUUUUCACAGAGCAUCCAAGAGACCGAAGCAAUGGGUGGCUGUUUGUAUGCAGGGGCAGAAGGUGCUCUUGGAGAAAACUGGAUCUCAGCUUGGAGAACAGGAACUGCCAGAUUUUCAACUGCAAAGCCCUAGGAGGUAUCCCAGAGAGAGCUCUCCGGAGAUCCAGGCAGGCUCUCAGGACCAGCCGAGCCACUGUUACAGGGAGAGAUUCCAGGUCCUCCAAGAACCAGCUCCCAAAUCGACUGAGACAGAGCCCACCAGAAUGAGAAGUGACAACAAAGAAAAUCCACAACAAGAAGGGGCCAAAGGAACAAAACCAUGUGCAGCACCAGCUGGCAGAUCCAAAGGGAAUGGUCUGCAGAGUCCUGAACCCAGAGGGGCAAAUCUGAAUGAACCCCGGUUGACCCGGAGACAGGUCAGCCCCACAAAUGCUCAAAAGCCAUUUGCUCACUACCAGAAACAUUGCAGGGAACUGGAGUAUGUCAGCAGCCCCCUGAAAAGCCAUGCACUGAGGGAGCUGAAGAAAAGCAAAGAAGGUAAAAGAAGCCUUAGCAGUCAUUUGGAACGUCUUGGCCACCUGCCAACCCGCUCAGCAAAGAAACCUUACAAGUGCGAUGACUGUGGGAAAAGCUUCACAUGGAAUUCAGAGCUGAAAAGACACAAGCGAGUCCACACAGGAGAGAGACCUUACACAUGCGGAGAGUGUGGAAACUGCUUUGGGCGGCAGUCGACCCUGAAACUGCACCAGAGAAUUCACACUGGAGAGAAGCCGUACCAGUGCAGCCAGUGUGGGAAAAGCUUUCGCCAGAGCUCAAACCUUCACCAGCAUCACAGACUCCACCAUGGAGACUAAGCGUGAGGCUUCAUUCUUCAUGUUCAGAAGGAAAGUGUUUGUAUUUCUUCCCUUACUUGCAUGUAAAUCACAAAGACCAUCUGUGUGACUUACAAGGAAAGGAAGAGGUCCCUGAGGAAUGAUAUAGUGCACAUAGGGUGGUGAUGAGCCCCCGCAGAGGCUGAUUGGAUGCGGCCAUGCUCAGUGACAAGGGUGAAGAGAUGGUUGGUCAGGGCAUUGCAUCAAGAAUAGCAGUUGCCAUUAGACAGCAGGGAGAAACUGCUAUCUAAGAGAGAGACAAGAUGUUCCUGCAGAUGCCCUCCCUCAUCGUUGAAAUUUCUCCCUGUUGCUUUAUUUAGUCUCUAAAAUAGGUUAAAGUGUAAAUGCUAUAUAUCUAUAGUUAUGCGUUUGCUGUUACAUCAUACAAUUUUUAUCAUGCUGACAUUUCUUUAAUAAAGAUGUGUAAAAGUU